AUGCAACGAGCGGAUAUCGAUAGAAUAUUAUCGAAUGCAGAUAAUAUAUUGAAAAAUCAGAAUUUGGCUGGGGUCAACACGGUCUCGAAAUUCAGAUCGAUGCAGCGAGCGGAUGACGUCAUCAACCCGGCGGGAAGCACACAGUCACUAGUGUCUCCAAAUAAAGCCGCUCCGCCAGUGCCUCCAAAACCGUCAUCUGUAUCGGAUCAUGAAAAUAGCACGGGAACUGGAGAGAGUGUCAGACUGAGAGAGGUCUAUUUGGCUGAGCGAAUUCAAAUCGAAGGAUAUUACAUUCAUAAGAAGUGUUUUAAAUGUGGCUAUUGCGAGCAGCCGUUGAGGUUGGGUAAUUGCGGACAGGACAGGAACCUGGGAGGGUUUAACCCGAGAUUCUAUUGUAUGCAGCAUAUCAACGUUCCGGUGCCGGAAAAGAUAGCGAAAAUCGAAAAAUUGGAUGCAAGAAGCUGCAUGAAGCCACCGUCGACUUUGAGAGUUAAAGAAUAUCAACAAAUGACGACGUUGUCUGCUGGUAAUACACCAGUCACGGGGCCACCUGGAACCUCGAGGGAGCGGUUUGAAAUGGUUAAUUUAUUAUUAUUGUUAUUAUUAUUUAUAAUAUUUAUUACUAUAUCCGAGGUUUUUAUUAUUUAUUAUUAUUAUUUUUUAUAUUUAUUAUUGUUAUUUAAUAUAUUUAUUAUUAUUUAUUAUUUAUUAUUAUUAUUAUUUAUUAAUUAA